UGAAAAAGCCCUAAACCUACACUCCCUCGCGUGUCUUUCUCUCUGUACCUCCGGCCUCCCCCGACCUCUGCUCUCACACUCUCUCUCCAUAUUUAUCGGCAUCGGACAGUCCAGCAAGCCGAGCAGCGGAGGAGGCAGAGCACCCACCGACGGCGACUUCUCCAACAGGCUCUCGGCUCGCUCUCUCUGACUAGCAGCGGCGCAGGAAGGGACUCCUCCAACAGCUGAAGCAGUCCCUCUCUAAACAACAUGUCAUCUCGGCCAGAACUCCAAGCACCGCCUGAGAUAUUUUACGAUGACAGUGAAGCUAGGAAGUACACCUCUUCUUCUCGUAUCAUCAAAAUCCAAUCAGAGCUCACGGAGAGAGCUCUUGAGCUUCUUGCUUUGCCCGACGAUGGAGUUCCCAGGCUGCUUCUGGACAUUGGUUGCGGAUCAGGACUUAGUGGAGAGACACUGACAGAGAAUGGUCACGAGUGGAUCGGUUUGGAUAUCUCUGACUCGAUGCUUAAUGUUGCAUUGGAGAGAGAGGUUGAAGGUGAUGUAAUACUUGGUGACAUGGGUCAGGGAUUGGGAUUUCGAUCUGGAGUUAUUGAUGGGGCCAUAAGUAUCUCUGCUAUUCAGUGGUUGUGCAAUGCUGACAAGUCCUCACACGAACCACGACUAAGAUUAAAGGCAUUCUUUGGAUCUCUGUACAAGUGUCUAGCAAGGGGAGCAAGAGCAGUCUUUCAAGUGUAUCCUGAAAAUAUCGAUCAGCGAGUGUUAAUCUUGAGUUACGCAAUGCGUGCUGGAUUCGCUGGCGGUGUGGUUGUUGAUUUUCCCCACAGUGGCAAGAAAAGGAAAGAAUACCUUGUUCUGACUUGUGGCCCACCAUCCAUUAACACAAGCGUUCCAAAGGGCAAAGGCGAGGAUGGAGAGAGUUGCUCUGAAGACGACGACAGUAGUGGAGAUGAAGAAAACCAAACGCAGGUAUGCGUCUCUGACAGGCACAGGCCGAGGAAAAAGCAGAGAACAACGAAAAAAGGAAAGGGAAGGGAAUGGAUACUGAAGAAGAAAGAACAGAUGAGAAGAAGAGGGAAUGCUGUACCUGCAGACACAAAAUACACUGCUAGGAAAAGAAAGGCUCGAUUUUGAAAGCGCCUUAUCUUAUCGUGUUUUUAGGUCCUUUUUAAAGGGUGGCUGCAAGAUUUGUUUGAGUAAUUUUACCUUCUUGGCAAUUUUGGUUUGGUUGAGGUAGUUGAUUUUGCUUGAUUUUUAUUUAUGAGGCAUAGCAUACAAUAGUGUUAAUAUGCAUAAUUAACAUAUUCAAUAUUCCUUAUAUCUAAUGUGCAAGAUUGAAGAGUGGAA